UCCUGAAUACUGACUAAAUACUACUUCUUCUUUUAGACGGGGCUUGAAUCCACCCCACAGAGUGAAGUCAAUUUCAAUGACUACUUUCACACAACAGGAAAUAGAAUUUCUGCAGAAACAUGGAAAUGAAGUGUGCAAACAGAUUUGGCUAGGCCUGUUUGAUGAUAGAUCAUCAGCAAUUCCAGACUUCAGGGAUCCACAGAAAGUAAAGGAAUUUCUACAGGAAAAAUAUGAGAAGAAAAGAUGGUAUGUCCCUCCAGAGCAAGCAAAGGUGGUGGCAUCUGUCCAUGCAUCCAUAUCGGGGUCUUCUGCUAGUAGUACAAGCAGCACACCUGAGGUGAAGCCACUCAAAUCUCUCUUGGGAGAAGCUGCACCCACACUGCACUUAAACAAGGGCACACCUAGCCAAUCUCCGGUUGUAGUUCGAUCUCAAGGACAGCAGCAACAAGAAAAGAAACAAUUUGACCUCCUCAGUGACCUUGGCUCAGAUAUUUUUGCUGCUGCUCCUCCUCAGUCAACUGCUACAGCAAAUUUUGCUAAUUUUGCACACUUCAACAGUCAUACAGCGCAGAACUCUGCAAAUGCAGGUUUUGCAAACUUUGAUGCAUUUGGACAGUCUAGUGGCUCGAGUAAUUUUGGAGGUUUCCCCACAGCAAGUCAGUCUUCUUUUCAGCCCCAAAAUACAGCGUUCAGAACGCUUUCAUCUAGCUGCAGUUUUGGUGAAUUUACUUCAGCUUUUCCUCUCCAGGCUGUGCACAGUGGAAGCGCUGGAUCAGUGAAUGCUAACUUUGCUCACUUUGAUAACUUCCCCAAAUCCUCCAGUGCUGAUUUUGGAGCCUUCAAUGCUUCUCAGAGCAAUGCAACAGCAGCUGCAGCCAGUAAAGCUGCAGUGAAUAAACCGAAUCUCCAGUCUGCUGACAAAUACGCAGCUCUCGCUAAUUUAGAUAAUAUCUUCAGUGCAGGGCAAGGUGGUAGUGAGCAAGGAAGUGGCUUCAGUACAGUAGUGUCAGCAUCAGCAGGUCCUGCGUUGUCAGCCCCAAAUCAGUCAAGUGCAUCUUCAGACAAGUAUGCGGCUCUAGCAGAAUUAGACAGCGUCUUCAGCUCCACAGCAACUUCUAGUAAUGCAUAUACUUCCACCAGUAAUGUUAGCAGCAAUGCUUUUGGAACAGUACCCGUGGCUGCUACUGCACAGACACAGCCUGCAUCUUCGAGUGUGCCUGCUCCAUUUGGAGCAACACCUUCCACAAAUCCGUUUGUAGCUGCCCCUGUUGCCCCAGUGGCACCUUCAACAAAUCCAUUCCAGACCAAUAGCCGAGGAGCAACAGGCCUCUCGGGAGCAAUGCACUCUCACAUAUUUCCUCAGGCUCAUUUUGCAGCAACAUUUGGUACUGCAUCCGUGAGCAUGCCUGCAGGAUUUGGAACUCCUGCCUCCUACAGUCUUCCUACUAGUUUUAGUGGCAACUUCCAGCAGCCCACGUUCCCAGCCCAGGCAGCUUUCCCUCCACAGACUGCUUUUGCUCAGCAGCCAAAUGGAGCAGGUUUUGCUGCAUUUGGACAGGCAAAGCCUGUAGUAACUCCUUUUGGACAAGUUGCAGCUGUUGGAGUAUCUAGUAACCCUUUUAUGGCUGGUGCACCAACAGGACAAUUUCCAACAGGAAGCUCAUCAACCAAUCCUUUCUUAUAGCCUUAUAGACACUUUACCCAAAAGAACUCUUAUGUGGUCACAUAACAUCUCUGCGCCUCUUGCACUGUUGUCUUGUUUCACUGAUAUUAGCUUUAAACACAAAAGAAGUCUUUAAGAAGUAAAAUAAAAGCCUGCAUUGUGUACCUUUAAAAAAAAAAUUAAAAAAAUAAAUACACAAAACCAAGAAAACCAACUCCCCCACCAGGUAAUAACGUGCAAAACAGAGGGCUGUGGUAACAUCCUUGAACCUGUGAACUGGCAGGUAAAAAAGUAGCGGUAUCAUGUAUAUUAAAAUUGGCUAAUAAGUUAUUGCAGAUACCACAUUCAUUAUGCUGCAGUACUGUACAUAUUUUUCUUAGAAAAUAGCUAUUUGUGCAUAUCAGUAUUUGUAACUUUAACACAUUGUUAUGUGAAAAAUGUUACUGGGAAAUAGAUCAGCCACUUUAAGGUGCUGUUGUAUCUCUUGGAAUGAAUGAGCUACACCAUUUUAAGCAUUGGUAUUGGAAGUCAUGAAGUUAAAUUUGAAGGUUUGUUCAUUUCUCAAAAUGUUUUCCUUUCCUAAGAGCUCUUCUAUUUAUACAUGCCUAAAUCUCUAAUGUUAGAGGGAUACCUGUCUGCAUAAUAAAGCUGAUCAUGUUUUGCUACAGUUUGCAGGUGAAAAAAAUAAAUAUUAGAAAAAACAA